GUUACAUGAUCCUUUCUAUCUUUUCUCCUCCUCCUCUUCUCUCUCUUUCUUCCUCUUCCUCUUCCUCUUCCUCUUCCUCUUCACCUCCCCCUCUCUCCUCUCCGUCGUUCUUUCUAUCCUCGAGUGGGCUUCUUCUGAUCCUCGUGCGCCGUGUUCGCACGUCCAUUCCUUUCUUCUCCUCCCCCCCUCCCCCCGAACUGUCACUGUCACUCCUUCCGGGCCUGUCAACUCCCACCAUUUAACCCAACUGAAGACCCCCUUUAUUGUCUUAUCGCGGCAGAAUCGCUCCCCCUCCAUCUCCCACCACGUAAAUAACCCUAUUCGGCCAUGUCAUUGCUCCGUCUGGUCGUCCUCUUAACGGCCACUGCCACUGCCGUCGUCGCUCAGACCUGGACCAGCUGUAAUCCCCUUAAUCACACCUGUCCCGCAAACCCGGCUCUCGGUACCAACCACACCUGGUACCUCAAUAGCACCCUCGAUGAAGUGAUCUGGAAUACCACUUCGGGGGACCUUGUCUACACCGAUGAUGGCGCCGAAUUCACCAUCGCUACCACCCUCCAAUCCCCCACCAUUCAAUCCAAGUUCUAUCUUUUCUUCGGCAUUGUCGAAACCCAUGUGAAGAUGGCCAAAGGCGCCGGCGUGGUGAGCAGUGUCGUCCUCCAGUCCGAUGAUUUGGACGAGAUCGAUUGGGAGUGGGUGGGCUACAACACGACCGAAAUUCAAACCAACUACUACGGCAAGGGGGUGACCGAAUACACCAAUGGCAAGUUCUACUACGUGGACAAUGCCGACACCGAAUUUCACAACUACACCACCUACUGGACCCAAGAUGUCCUCGAAUGGUGGGUGGACGGCAAACUGCUUCGGAGCCUGGCUUACGACGAAGCGAGCAAUGGCACUCGCUUCCCGCAAACUCCCUGUAAUAUCCGCAUCGGCAUCUGGCCUGCCGGAGACCCUCACAAUGCGAAGGGCACGAUUGAAUGGGCUGGAGGAGAAAUCGAUUACGAUGCCGGCCCAUACACCAUGACCGUCCAAAGCGUCCGGGCCCACGAUUUCCACACUGGAAAGGAGUAUGAAUAUGGGGACCAUUCCGGGUCCUGGGAGAGUAUCAAUGUGGUCUCAGGGAACUCCUCCGCCGUUACUGAGAUUAACAAACCGCCGCCAAAGUCAUUGGCCGAGAAGUGGGCCGAACUACCCACGGGAGCCAAAGUGGGAGUCUCUUGCGGUGCUGCUGCCGCCGGAAUAUUGCUCAUCGUCGGCUUUAUCCUUUUCUUCAUCAAUCAGCGCAAGAAGGGCCGUCUUGAACAUGCCCUAGAUGACGCCAAAUGGACCACCGAACGAACCGAGAUGAACAACUUCCAAACUGAUUGGAAACAAAGUGAAUGGAAUCACAAGGGCUACCAACCUGUCAACUAGCAGAAACCCUGCCUGCAUCCCAUUACCAAAAUAUGAUUCCUACACUCUACGAUGUAAUAAAAAAAAACAUUUUGUUCGCUCUUCCAAAGUCGGUCUCGUUCCCUCCAUCCGCAAGGGGGGCGCUCUCCUCCUCACCGUCAUCCCGCAUUACAUUUAUGCAGAGAAGCAAAUCAGCCUUGCGCGUCUUUGCUGGUCAAGGUUGCGCGCCACCUGAUUCUCAAGCUAAAAUGAUUUCGUUGAUCGCCGGCGCAGUUGAUUCCCUCGGAUUUAUGAUUCUCGUUUCCCCUAGCGUCGCAAUCUUCUUGCCUUGGUCUCCUUGGGCCAUUUUUAUAUUAUACCAUAUACUCUCUCCUGUUUUGUGGUUCACGACUGCAAUUUUUAUUCAUUGUUCUUUUUUUUU